AGAGAGAGAGAGAGAGAGGAAUUUAGACCGGAAUUGAGUGCCUUCGUUAUGAGAUAAGGGAUAUCAUGCCUCCUAAUGGAGUGAGGGUUGCUAUGGAAAUGCAAGCUGAAGCUGAACGUAAAAAGAGAGCCCAGAUUCUCGAGUCCGAAGGAGAACGCCAAGCCCAUAUCAACAUAGCUGAUGGUAAGAAGAGUUCUGUAAUCUUGGAAUCAGAAGCUGCAAAGAUGGACCAAGUCAAUCGAGCAUCAGGUGAGGCAGAAGCAAUAUUAGCUAGAGCACAAGCAACGGCCAGGGGGUUGGCCAUGUUAUCUCAAUCCCUCAAGGAAACUGGUGGAGUGGAGGCUGCGAGUUUGAGAGUUGCAGAGCAAUACAUUCAAGCUUUUGGGAACAUAGCCAAGGAGGGUACAACGAUGCUGCUUCCGAGUUCAGCUGCAAAUCCUGCAAACAUGAUCGCUCAAGCCUUGACAAUGUACAAAAGCCUCGUCCCCAACGGUGGUAUCAUCCAGGAAACCUCAGCAGUGGACUCCUCGUCUGAUGCGAAAUAGAAGAGGAGGUGGUGGUAGAAGAAGAAGAAGAAGAAGAACUAGGAACAAUAAUAAUUCUUUUUACCUGUGAUUUUACUCUGAACCGCUUUUCAGUAUUGAUAUAUGAAAAAACAGUUUUAUC